AUGAGUUUCAUCGGAGGUUCCCGGGAAAACCGCCCCCUCGAGCCCGAGGUAGACCCCGGCGCCAUGCACCUCCUCGCGUCAGGAGCCGCUCGCAGGGGGGGGUUCUGUUACAGAGGAGGCUUCCGUUCCGCCUCCUCCGCACCACCAGAGGGAACCCUCGCCAGAAUACUGAUUCGGUUUCUGAAAAGUCCUGCUGCAGAGGAAGCAUGUGAGUAUCUCACUGGAGUUCUGGGUAAAAGUCCAUUACUACUGAAAGAACUGGAUCUAAGUGGAGAUAAAUUAGGAGAUCUGGAUGGGGAGAAACUCUCUGCUCUUUUGAUGGACUCUCAUAGCAAACUGGAGAAAAUAAUGCUGAAUAAUUGUGAGCUGACAGAGAAAAGCUGUUCAGUUCUAGCUACUGUUCUCUCCUCCAAAACCAUCCUGAAAGAGAUGAACCUGAACAACAGUCGUCUGCUGGACUCAGGAGUCAAAGAGAUCUGUGAGGGACUGAAGAAUCCUGUGUGUGAGCUGAAGAUACUGAAACUUUCAGACUGCAGUAUCACUGAAGAAGGUUAUAAAGCUCUGGCUUCAGCUCUGAGAUCAAACCCUUCACACCUGAUAGAGCUGGAUCUCACAGGAAAUGAUCCUGGACAAUCAGGAGUGAAGGAGCUCAGUGAUUUACUACAAGAUGAAUUCUGUUCAUUAAAGACCAUCAGGUUUUUGAAAAGUCCUGCUGCAGAGGAAGCGUGUGAGUAUCUCACUGGAGUUCUGGGUAAAAGUCCAUUACUACUGAAAGAACUGGAUCUGAGUGGAGAUAAAUUAGGAGAUCUGGAUGGGGAGAAACUCUCUGCUCUUUUGAUGGACUCUCAUAGCAAACUGGACAAAAUAAUGCUGAAUAAUUGUAAGCUGACAGAGAAAAGCUGUUCAGUUCUAGCUACUGUUCUCUCCUCCAAAACCAUCCUGAAAGAGAUGAACCUGAACAACAGUCGUCUGCUGGAUUCAGGAGUCAAAGAGAUCUGUGAGGGACUGAAGAAUCCUGUGUGUGAGCUGAAGAUACUGAAGUGAGUACAUUUCACCAACAGCUACACUCAACACCACAGCAAUGAGAUCAGUA